AUGUGGAGAUUUAUGUUGGUGAUGUGUCUUCUAGCUUUGAUCGGAAGGGGAAGCUCGGGGAGACUACCGAUAUGGGAGAAGGAUUUAGGACGAUUGUACGGUUUACAGAACAAGCUUCAGCGAGGUCCGGUUCCUCCAUCAGAACCUUCUCUAUGCCACAACAAACUUAACCAUCUUUCUCAUCCAGAGACUUACUCUUCCCAAACUUACGUUCUUUGCCCCUGAUCAUGCUUAUUCCAACUUAUUCAUGAUUUAUUCAAUGAUCAAAUUUCAUUUGUUAUUUUCUUUAUCUCUGCUCAAACAUAUUCCGUAUAUCGGUAGGUGUAUCCUUGACAUUUUGAUCCGACUAA